UAAAAAAGUAUGUGGAAAAAAAUAAUAUUUCGAGAAUAUGAAAAAAUGUUACACGAAGUGAAUGAUAAUAAAAAUUAAGAAAAAAAUAAUUUUUCGGUAAAAUCAGAUAAAAAAAUAAAGUGAUUUUGCAUAAUUAAUCGAAUUAAAAAUAUAAAAAGGAGAAGAUUUUUUUUUUAUUUUUUGUACAGUGAAAAAAACUUAUAAUUUUUUUUUUGCCUGAGUCGAGCAAAAAAAAGGGUAGACCAGAACAAUUUAAUUUGAAAUUAUCUGAGGAUUAGUGAUGAGAAUCGGAUUAAUAUUUUAAUAUUUAAAGGCAGACAGUUAAACGUCACCGACAACAUAGCGACACAACAACAACAAGAAAAGUAAUAUAUAUAAUAAAUAUUACGGAAUCAAGCUAAAAGUAUAAUAAGAAGUGAAAAUGAUUAUGACAAAAAUGUACAAAACUUUUUUGCUACUGCUGAUGUCAUUCACAACAUCAUGCAUGACAAGUGAAAUUCAAUGGGAUCAUAGGGUGGAUCUUGAUGACAAUUUUCAAUUAUUAUGGCGUGUGAAACGUCCUGACAUUAUCUUUGAAGUGCGCGUACGUACACACGGAUAUGUUGGAUUUGGUUUUGCUCGAAAUGAGUACAUUUAUGGUGCUGAUAUGAUCGUUGGAUGGAUAGACAACAAGCAUUCAUUCUUCCAAGAUCGCCACAUCCCACUACAUAGCAAGAACGGUGAGCCAGUCGUAGAUCCAUCUCAAGACUAUGUCCUUAUGUCGGGUCAUGAAAAUGCUACACACACAAUUUUACGAUUUCGACGUAAGCUCGACACAUGCGAUGAAAAAUUUGAUGUUCCCAUCACUAAUGACACAAUGAAAAUCGUUUAUAUGUAUCAUGAGAAUGAACCCAAACGUGGAUCAUUGCAACAUGGAAGUUUGCCAGAACCUGAACUCGCAUUGAAGCCCAUCAAAUCAUUAUUGAUCCUUCAAAGGCCAAAGUUUGAGAGACUCGAAAUGAAAAAUGAUGAAACGAUUGAGACAUUUGAUGUGAGCAUGAAAAAUGUAACAAUAUCACCAUCAAAUGCUACAAAAAUGUGUAGGAUAGUAAGACUAAUGGCAAAUAAACAAGGUCAGAUUGUGGCUUAUAAGCCAAUAUUUGAACCAUAUAUAGCAAAGAAUUAUAUCAUGCAUAUGAAUGUUUACGAAUGUAAACAUUUUGCAAGUCAAAAUCAAGUAAAUAUCAUUGAUGAUGAUGAUGAGACAGCCUGUACACUUUUAAGUAAGUUUAAAUGUAACAAUAUCGUUGCAACAUGGUCGAGAGGAUCACAGGGAUUUGUUUAUCCAAACAAUGUCGGAUAUCCACUUGAUACAAGAAAUGUCAAUCUUUAUUUUCUCGAAACAUUCUAUGAGCCAUUUAAAACAAUAGGAAAUGAAAAGAUUGUUGACAAUUCUGGCAUAAGAUUCUCACAUACGAGUAUAAAACGACAAAAUAAUGCCGGAAUAUUAUCUGUAGGCAUUCAACCAAUAUGGACUCAUAUCAUACCGCCUGGCUUUAGAAAGGUCACCAGCAUCGGUUACUGUACUGGUGAUGCAAACAAAUUUGCCAUACCGCCUGAAGGCAUCACCGUCGUUGGUGUACAAAUGUUAACACAUGAAAUGGGUAAAACAAUAAAAGUACGAUUAGUACGUAAUGGAAAGGAGCAUUAUCCUAUUGCACAAGACCAUAAUCUCGACUCGGAAUAUCUUGAAUAUAGAAUCAUUAGUAAAGGCGUCAGGAUUCUUCCUGGUGAUGACCUUGUUGUUGAAUGCUCAUAUGACAGCUACGAUAAAUCAAAGCUUACACUCGGCGGAUUCGAAGCACAACAAGAAAUUUGUCAAGCAACGCUCGUUUAUUAUCCAAGACAAGAGCUUCUUAGUACGUGUCAAUCAAAACCAAAGACGAAAAACUUCUUAAAAUCGUUGAACAUUGAGAAGCUCAAUAAUGCCCCGCCAUUCACAAUUUCGCUGCCUGAAAGAUAUGCCGGUAAGACGCUCGAGGAGCAUCUAAAGACAUACGAUUGGAAAACGGAAUUUGAUCAUUUUGAGAGAAUCAGCAAAACAUCACCGUUCGAUAUUAUCAGCACCGGUGAUCAAAGAAGGGUUCUGGAAGAUGAUCCUGUAAAUAUAGUACAUCCAUUUGUUCCAAUAGCAUCACCAUGUGAAUUAAGUAAGCAGGAUGUGUUCAGAGCACUUGUCGACGAGAAUAGUGUGAUGAAUGUUCAGCAAGCAAAGAGUAAGGUGUCGAGAAGCUCAGAAUUUUCCACAUUAAACUUUUCAAAUAGCUCACAAAUGAUUAGACUAAGCUGUUGGAUAGCAAUUUUGACAUUAAGCAUAUUUUAUGUAGUCUCGUAAGCAAGAAUAAUUCAUAAGAUUUAUACAUUGGCAGAUUAGUUGAAGUAAAGAAAAAAAACAUGAAUAAUUUUUAAAAAAUGAAGAAAAGUAAUCAUCUCCACCCCAUCUAGUCUUUGUAGGAAAUGAAAAAUGAAUGUUCUUAAAGCAAAACACACACAAAAAAAUCCCCCAUUUUAAUAUAUAAAAAAUGUGUUUUCGAUAUUUGAGUAAUGAGAGUAAAGAAUCUCCCUCAUAUAAAAAAACUAUCCUGAAAAAUUUUUAAGAUGAAGUUAUGGUAUAAGAUAGAUUCGGGAUUGAACAUUUUUGUGGAAUUUAUUGAUGAAAUUUUCUGUUUACAUCUUAAUCAACUGAGGAUUAAUGAUUGCUGUUAUUGGUUAAAUGGUCAAUAAGGUAAAGGAUAGGAGCUGAAUUGAAGUAAUUCAUAGAGAUUACUUAUUGAUGAUGUAUGAAGGUUUUGGACUAUUAAUUUACUUGAGGAUUUGGAAUACAUUAAUAUUGAAUUUUCUUAUUAGAGCUUCAAAUUUCAAUUUAAUGAGUUCUGAAUUUAUUUGUGGAAAUAUUAAUCAAUAGGAGUUUGAUGUGCAUAAGAGCAAUGAUGUUCGUAUUUG